AUUUGUUCUCAGUCAUUUUAACCAGAAAGUUCCUGCUUCAGAGCUAAGGUAACUGAGUGAUUUUAGCUUAGAUCUUCAGCAAGUGUGGCAAAAAAGGAAAGAUCCUGAACAAUCAGUCACAUUUUCUGUGAAGUCAACUCCAAGUAACGUUCCUGUCUUAACCACAAACCAGAGAAAUGAAGCACAUUAUCAAUCCAUACGAAAACAUCAACAACACAGCAAGAAAUAAUUCAGACUGUCCUCCUGUAGUUUUGCCUGAAGAGAUAUUUUUCACAAUAUCCAUUGUUGGUGUUUUAGAAAAUCUGAUUGUCCUUCUGGCUGUGUUCAAGAAUAAGAAUUUGCAGUCACCCAUGUACUUUUUCAUUUGCAGUUUAGCCAUUUCUGAUAUGUUGGGCAGCCUGUAUAAGAUCUUGGAAAAUAUCCUGAUCAUGUUCAGAAACUUGGGUUAUCUCAAGCCUCGUGGCAAAUUUGUAACCACAGCUGAUGACAUCAUUGACUGCUUGUUCAUCCUCUCUCUGCUUGGCUCCAUCUUCAGUUUGUCUGUGAUUGCUGCUGACCGCUAUAUCACCAUCUUCCAUGCUCUGCAGUACCAUAGCAUCGUGACCAUGCGCCGCAGCGUCAUCAUCCUGACGGUCAUCUGGACCUUCUGCACGGGAAGCGGCAUCACCAUGGUGAUCUUCUCCCAUCACGUCCCCACAGUGAUCACCUUCACAUCGCUGUUCCCUCUGAUGCUGGUCUUUACCCUGUGCCUCUACAUGCAUAUGUUCCUGCUUGCCCGAUCCCAUGCCAGGAAGAUUCCCACCCUCCCAAGAGCCAACAUGAAAGGGGCCAUCACGCUGACCAUCCUGCUUGGGGUCUUCAUCUUCUGUUGGGCCCCCUUUGUCCUUCACAUCCUCUUAAUGACAUUCUGCCCAAAAAACCCCUACUGUGCUUGCUACAUGUCUCUCUUCCAGGUGAAUGGCAUGUUGAUCAUGUGUAAUGCAGUCAUUGACCCCUUUAUAUAUGCCUUCCGGAGCCCAGAGCUCAGGGACGCAUUCAAGAAGAUGUUCUUCUGCAAUAGGUACCAGUAG